GAAGGAGCGCUCAAACAGAAAGACUCGAGAGUAUUGGUGGACAUCUACCAGGCGGAGCUGAGGCACCACCAGAAGGUCAACCAGUAUUUCUCACGACAGAAGGUGAAGGCCAACCUGCAGGCGACAACUUGUGUGCAUACGGAGGUUGGGCGCUUCAACAAGUGCCAAGUCCAGAUUGACUACGUUGGUAAGGCGGAG